AUGUAUGGUGAGGAAGCGGGUGGCUGGAUGGAGGAGGAAAGCCAGGACCUUAAGCGCGUCAAGGUGUACGAGCUCAUCGGCUCGCGCUGGGUCGACCAAGGCACCGCGUUCUGCUACGGUGAUCUUCAAGAGACUGAAGCAUUCUUGGUUGCGCGCUCUGAGACAAAUCAGGACCAGAUUAUCCUCCAGACCGCUAUUCGAGCGCACGACGUCUAUCAGCGGCAGCAGGAUACCCUCAUUGUAUGGACCGAGCCUGACGGAGUCGACUAUUCGCUCAGUUUUCAAGAUCCGGAUGGAUGCGCGGAGGUGUGGCAUUUUAUCCAGGAGGUCCAGCGACAUUUGACCAUACGAGAGGAGGCAGGAAUGUCUUCCUCUCCAUUGAUAGGUCCAGAACAGUUUAUCGCAACAGCUAGCAUCUUUCGUUCGGGGCAUCUACCUCAACCGCAGCUAGGCAUCAUAGGUGAUAUCGAGAGAGCCAUCAAAUCUCUGGCGCGGACAAAUGCGAUCAAGGAGCGCAUUGUGGAGUACAUCCAAACAGAAGACUACAUCAAAGGCCUGAUCGACGUGAUGCAUCAAGCGGAGGACCUGGAGAAUAUUGAGAAUUUGCAUGCACUGUGCUCCUGCAUGCAGACCAUUUUCAUGCUGAACGAUCAUAGCCUCUAUGAAUACAUCCUCGAAGACGACAUUUUCUUCGGCGUCAUCGGCAUGCUCGAAUACGACCCCGAGUUCCCCACGCACAAGGCGAACUACCGAGAGUUCCUGUCCCAGACGGCGCACUUUCACCAACCCAUCCCGCUCCACGACGAGGCGGUCCAGAGGAAGGUGCACCACACGUAUCGUCUUCAGUUCCUGAAAGAUGUCGUACUUGCGCGUGCGAUUGACGACUCGACGUUCAACGUGCUCAAUUCAUCGAUACUUUUCAAUCAAAUCGACAUCAUCAAUUAUGUGCAGAACGAUGCCGCCUUCUUCAAAGACAUCAUGAGCGCAUUCAGCGGGGUGACUAAUAUUGCCGGCCUGAAUGUCGGUUCGCAAGAUAUACCGCAGGGUGUAGAGAAGAUGGAUGUAGAUCAAUCAGAGGCAAAGACAAACGGCAUUGCUCAGCCGAAUGGGACGAGUUCACCGAAAUCGUCGGACGAAGAGAUGACGCGUCGUCGAGAGAUCAUCUCUCUUAUCCAACAGCUCUGCAUCAUGGGCAAAAACAUUCAACUGCCAGCACGCAUCCACCUUUUCCGCACUCUCGUGGAUCGCGGAAUCUUGUUGCUCGUUCAAUGGGCCUUGAUACAGCCGGAGACUGAUGAAGAAGGACGCCAGAUGAUUGCUGCUGCUGGAGAGAUACUAACCACACUCGUGGACCACGAUGUGUUCGGUAUCCGCAAGCACAUCACGGUCGAUCAGCUCGGGGAGAUCAAUCUUGCGAAAGAGAAGGGUCAGAAGAUCGGCGAGAAGGACACGCUUCUGGAUGCCAUGUGCAAAGUAUUGGUGAAGAGUCGAGAUCUGGCCGUGCAAAGCCAAGUUGGUGAGUUGCUAAAGGGCACCCUAGAGGUGGCAAAUGACGUUCCAGAGCAGCACCCGCCGGGGAUGCAGCCGGGGAUCAAGAUGCUCCAGCGUCAGAAGGAUAUCGAGGUUCACGAGAAGUUUUUAGAAUACUUCUAUGAGCAGUGUCUCGGUACUAUCAUGCGGCCGUUCGGAGACGUUCCCGAGUUUAAGGCGUUGACCGAUGAUUCGCUCACCAUGUCUCGGGAACGAGCGAAUUUAUACCUGAUCUUGUGCGACUUGCUGUCCAACUUCACGCUUCAGCAUUCGUUCCGGAGCCAUUAUUAUUUACUCUCGUCCAAUGUGGCCCCUCGCGUUGCAUCGCUACUUAGUGCAAGGGACAAGCACCUACGGCUUGCCGCGUUCCGUCUCUUCCGGGCAUGCUUGAAGCUCAAUAAUAAUAACAUCUUCAAACAUCUUAUUAAGCAUGACAUCUUCCGGUCUAUUCUUGACUUGACUCUUCGCGAGUCUCGUCGAGACAAUCUGCUUAGUGCUUCCUGUCAGGAGUUCUUCGAGUAUAUGCGCAAGGAGAACGUGAAGGAUGUCAUCACGCACUGUAUGGAACACUACGAGUCGAAGAUACGAGAGUUGGCAGCAACGCCGUUCGGAGGUCCUCGAUUCCAGAAUCUCAUCCAUCGACAUGAGAUGAACAUGGCUCCGCCGCCACCGGAGAAUGUAGAGAAGCCAGCGCCGAACACGACGCGGCGCUGGGGGCAAGGCAGCCUGCUCUCAGCAGAGGAGGAGGAUUACUUCAAUGCGGAUGACGACGAUGAGGCAGACCUCCUACCCGUGCACAGUUCUCCACCCAGAGGCAACUCCCUCAAGCGGAAACGUUACCGUGGCCCGAACCUGUCUGCGCGUGGUCCUCGAUCUGCACCAUUACAACCCCUCAGUGCGCUUGUUGCGUAUGAUGACAGCGACGAUCUUGGCGGUUUUGGUGAGGGUGACACUGCGGCUCCGUUGUCUCCAUCGAUACCGCGUCGUCCUGCGGCUAUCCCGAGCGGAUAUUUUCCGACAUCAGAGCGUAUCCCUGCCAGCCCUCGGAUCACUCACAAGCAAAUCACGCCGAAGGCAGUGACUUCACCGCCCGCGGAUGAAGACGACCUAUUGGAACAGCUCUUCAGUUCUGGCCCACUAUCUCCAUCUCUGUCAGUUGAUAAGCCGCCGGAGCUCGGCGUCAAGAGGCGUCGGGAAGAAGAUGACGACGAGCUGCUCCAGCGACUCGCAAGCAAGGGAAAGCGACCAAGCGUGGGAUCGAAUUCGGAAAAGGAGGAUUCGAAUUCGCCGGCGAGUAAGGUGCGGGCUGCGAAGACGUCAGAAGGGGUUCAGAAGAAGUUCAAGCUAAAGCUCGGAGCGGUAGGCGCGGCUGUGGCAUCAGCUACAGCUCCCGCUGCUCCUUCAAGUCCUGGCAAGAAGGAAGGGGACAAUGGCUAG